CUCCCUCUUCCCACUUGGCCAAACGUCCGUCCUCCACAAGCAAGAUAAUUCGAUACUGAGUUCUUCCCCCUUCUGUUGUUAUUGUGAUAUUCCAGAUUGUGGAUGAUACACAGAUACGAUGACAUCAGCACCCCAAGACGUUGGAAAUACCCAGAGGGUACGCUCAGGUCCCGCUGCCAGCCAUAUACCCGAUCCCGGCGAUAUGGCUCUCCAGGUUCAACAAGCUACAGCCGUGUUCAAUACCAGUCCGAACGAGGAGGCUAUCGAUGUUGCGACGUGUGCGGACACUAUCGGACGAGACAAAUAUCAAGUCUCAGGGCAGCGGGAGAAGCUCGAGGAUCCGACGCCGGGAGACGACAGAGACCAGAUCCUGGAAUCGAUGAAGAAACAGAUCGCGGAACUUGAACGUGGAUGCGAAGCCAAAGACCGGAAAAUAGUGGGGAUGAAGACAAAGACUCGGAUAAGCGCAGUUGCCAUGGACACCAUGAACCGUAUCGGUACUCAAUAUAUACUAGACUGCGCCCAAGCGCGACUUGCGCUCUCUGCUGGCCUGGUCAGCCACCCUCUUCAAUCCGCCAAACAGGGGUCCACCGCCCUUCGCAGUUACCUUGAAAAGUGGACUAACCCUCAGGACCGACUAGCUGCGGUGCGGGAUCUCCUCGCCAAGUGUGACGACGAUGAAGAGAGUAGGACUAUGUCCGAGGAUUUGUUCGGUUAUCUAACUGUCGAUCUGAACGUCACGUAGCGAAGGCGGAUGAUUACUUUUCGAGUUGUCAGUUGGUCGUCGCUUUUCGUUGACCCCUGUUUACUUGUAGUACUCUACGAUUAUAGGUUUGGCUCCACCUGUUCAUUUCGGUUAUUUUCAAUUUAUUUCACCACUUCUUGGAAAGUCGAAUAAGUUGUCCAUUCUAAACCUUGCAAGUUUA